AUGUCUACCGCUCCCGCUGAUAUGGCCACCACCGGCCGGAAGCUCGAAAAGAAGCCUGUCAAGUUCAGCAACCUGUUGCUGGGCGCAGGAUUGAACUUGUUCGAGGUCACCUCCUUGGGUCAGCCGCUGGAAGUGAUCAAGACGACCAUGGCCGCCAACCGGGGCGACAGCUUCGCCGGAGCUAUGGCUCGGAUUUGGGGUCGUGGCGGGAUCCUCGGUUACUACCAAGGUCUCAUUCCGUGGGCCUGGAUUGAGGCCUCCACCAAAGGCGCUGUCCUUCUCUUCGUCGCGUCUGAGGCGGAGUACUACGCGAAGCUGUUCGGUGCCCCCGACUUCCUCGCUGGUAUUUCCGGUGGUAUGGCGGGUGGUGUGGCUCAGGCCUACGCUACCAUGGGCUUCUGUACUUGUAUGAAGACGGUGGAGAUCACCAAGCACAAGAUGGCCGCCCAGGGUGUCAAGCCCCCCAGCACCUUCGCUACCUUCAUGGACAUCUACCGCAAGGAGGGUAUUCGUGGUAUCAACCGCGGUGUCAAUGCCGUCGCCAUCCGCCAGACGACCAACUGGGGCUCUCGGUUCGGUCUCUCCCGCUUGGCGGAAACUGCCAUCCGCCGCGUGACCGGCAAGGAGGAGGGCGAGAAGCUGGGCGCUAUGGAGAAGGUCCUGGCCUCCGGUCUGGGUGGUGGUCUGUCCGCCUGGAACCAGCCCAUUGAGGUCAUCCGUGUCGAGAUGCAAAGCAAGACCGAAGACCCCAACCGUCCGAAGAACCUGACGGUCGGCAAGGCCUUCAAGUACAUCUACGAGACCAACGGUGUCAAGGGUCUCUACCGUGGUGUGACGCCCCGUAUCGGACUGGGAAUCUGGCAGACGGUGUGCAUGGUGGCUCUUGGUGACAUGUGA